AUGCAGAAAGUUAGUAGUGAAAAUCGAGAAAGAGCGUUAAAUCCUCAACAUCCCUAUAGAAAGUCACGUUUAGGGUGUGCUCAUCUUGAAGUUGAUAUGGUAAAAGAGUCGGGAGAAGAUGAGAUAAAUCAUAGUCAAGUGUGGAAGGCUGCCUACGUCAAUAAGAAUAGGGUGAUUGAUAAUGAGAAUGUUCAAAGAGUUGUGGAUCAAUGUGAGAAGUUAAUAGAAGCUCUAACUGAAGAAGAGAGACAAGACCUUGGUCCUACGGACAUAUUAUUCGAGGCUCUAAAACUCCCAAACUACUCUGGGCGUAUUAGGAGUUACGGUUUUGGGGUAUGUUCUAGGGACAUAUUACCACGCCAAAUUCGCCUCACACAAAUGGACUUUCAAAAAUUAUAUGGCUUUUGCAACACACUCAAAAGUAGAUUGGAGGUGCUAGAGAGAGAGAAGCUGGAGAGAGAUAAGUUGGAUAGAGAGGCAAAAAACCGAAGAGGUGGCCAAAAAGAACAACCUGAAAAAGUGACACAGAGCUUGCAACAACUUGAAGAAGUGGCAGAGAGGCAACAACCUGAACAAGUGUCAAAGAGCUUGCAACAACCUGAAAAAGGGACACAUGGGCAAGAGUUAAGUGAUAAAGAUUCUUACAACCCUGUAUCAUUUGGUAAUACUCCCGAGGGUCUCUUUCCUGUUAAUAUAUAUUUAUCAUCCCCGAGUCGGUGUUUGGUUGCUCGUGGCAAACUAUAUAACACCAAAGGUAACACAGUGCACGACAUGACGUUACCACCUGGAUAUGUCAAGGUUAAUAUCGAAGUUGCUAUUGUGCAAAAUGCUCAAUUGCCUAUAUCUGUUGAAGGUGGUGAUGUAUCGAUGGUUUUUCAGGCAAUAGGAACAAUUGUGCCAUGGCCAAUGAAACUUCUUGAAUUUGUUGUUGAAUGUGAAAAGAAUCCCGAUCAAUCCCAAAACAAAGUUAAGAAUACCCAACGAAGUGUUGAUUCUGUUUCGUCACCUAACAAAAGCAACAAAAAAUUCAAAAUUGAAGAGUCUCCUAGAGUUGGCGGUUCAACUAGUCUUGUAAAUUUACCUUUCCUUGAUAUGUAUGUGAAAAAGAUGAUGAGGGUUGAAUCGUUAAUUCAAAUAAAAAUGGAGGAAAGUAUAUUUGGUGAGGAGUUUUUAGAGCAUCUACGUGUAGAAAGUAUAAAAGAGAUUCUUGAUCACAAUUGGUUAAGUGUCUCUACUAUCACUGUAUUUUCCAGGUAUUUGUAUGACAAGUUUAUUAGUCCAAAUGGAUUAAUAAAUAAGUUCUCCUUCAUAUCCCCACAUGUAUCACGGGAGGAUAAUCUAGGAAAUGCUAUAGCAAAAAUACUUCUGAAAGAUGAGGAGUACUUCAAGGAUAAGAUGAUUCUUGCACCUUGCAAUCUAGGGAAACAUUAG